UUUAAUAUCUCCGUGUCGUUUGAUUCGAUCGCCAGAGUUGCCAGUCUCUCAGUCUCAGCCUCAGCCUUAGAUCCAGAGUCCCAAAUUCAAUCUAAGCCACAAUUUCCCGCUCUCGCUCGCUCGCCCGCUCGCCUGCCUCUCUCUCUCUCUUUCUCUCUCUCACUUUCCCUGUACGUGUGUGCAGGCGCGCGUGUGUGUGUGUGUGUGCUCGUGCUAGUGUCUUCUGUGUUAGUGUGCCGUGUGCUCGACAAAUUCUCAUAAAUCCCAUAGCUUAUAAUUCAUUCUGAAAGUUGAUAUUUUAGAAGUGCCACAAAAUUCAAUCAUUUUUUUCAAGUGUUUCCUGUGCCACAACCAAAGGGAAAUCCCGAUAUCGAGUGCUGCGGACAAGUGAAAAAUCUCCAACAAAUCAAUAAAUAUUGACCAAAUGAGCUGACAAUGAUCGGAUUGAAAGCAUCGACUCUUUGAGGCAACAUUGAAAUCAAACCAAAAACCAAACCAUCAGCAGCAGCAGCAGCAGCAGCAGCAGCAGGAGCACAACAGCAGCCGUGUACAGCCUGAAAGGACGUAGUCAAAGCUGAAACCAGAGAGGCCCUGAAUACCUUGGACCAACUAUAAGCAGCUGCAAUAAUGCACAUUUCUGCUGAGGUCAGUUCGACCACCUCAAAUCAAAUACAGCAGCAACAGCAACAACAACAACAACAACAACAACAACAACAGCAGCAGCAGCACCAACAGCUUCACCAACAGUUGCACCAACAACACCAACAGCAAACGACUCCAACAGCAACGACCACAACGGGCGGCAGCACCACGAAGCGGCGUAAUGCAGAGUCCUCCUCCAAUAAUAACAAUAAUAAUAGCAACAACAACAACAACAACAACAAUAGUACCACCACCAACAACAACAACAACAACAACAACAACAAUAAUAAUAAUAGUAGUAACAAUGCCAAGACAAAACCGGUGGACACUAGUCCAUAUCUGACACCAGAGAACCUCAUCGAGCGCACCGUCGACGUCCUGCUCGCCGAACAUCCCGGCGAGCUGGUCAAGACGGGCUCACCCCAUGUGGUCUGCACCACAUUACCCACGCAUUGGCGAUCAAACAAGACGCUGCCGAUUGCCUUCAAGGUGCUGGCCUUGGGCGAGGUCAUGGAUGGGACAAUAGUCACCAUUCGGGCGGGCAACGAUGAGAAUUUCUGCGGAGAGCUGCGCAACUGUACGGCGGUGAUGAAGAACCAAGUGGCAAAGUUCAAUGAUCUUCGAUUUGUGGGAAGGAGCGGAAGAGGCAAAAGCUUCACGCUGACAAUAGUCAUCUCGACGAAUCCCAUCCAGAUAGCAACGUACACGAAGGCCAUCAAAGUGACCGUGGAUGGGCCACGGGAGCCACGCUCCAAAGUCCGACAUCAGGGCUUCCAUCCGUUCGCCUUUGGGCCGCAGCGCUUCGGACCGGAUCCACUUAUGGCCGGAUUGCCCUUCAAGUUGCCAGGUUUCGCCCAUCAUUUGGUGGGGAUGCACAGUCAUCUGCAUGCUCCCGAUUGGCGUGCCCACAUGGCCUUGGGUGGGCGUUCAGCAGGUUUUCCAGCAGGCCCAUUCUUCGGCCAUCAUGCGGCAUUUCCGGCGGCCAGCGGCUUGAGAGGAUUGACCGCAGAUGGCCAGCAGCAGCAACAGCAUCAGCAGCAGCAGCAGCAUCAACAGCAAUUGGCGACAGUGGGUGCCGCUCACAGCACCACCAGUCCGGAGGGAUCCCCCACCACAACGACCAGUGGAACGUUGAGUGCGUUUGUCCAGCCAGCGAUCCACUGUCCCCUCGGCUCGCCCCGAUCACCACCCACGAUCCUCACCUCGCUGCAGCACGACAAUAACAACAACAGCAGCAACAUCGAUGCGGGCUUCGAGAGCGAUAAUGGAGAGGCGGAAGCGGAAGCCGGCACACAGCUAAGCGGCGAUGCCAGAAGCCUGGCCACGAUCAGUGGACGAUCAGUCGCCGGAUCCCUGACCGAGACCGCCCCCGGCUCGGGUGGGGCAUUCACCGCCCUCAUCCAGCGCAGCAAAAAUCCAUCGGAGCUGUUCGGCGGCUUUGCGGCGGCCGGCGCUAAUCACUUUGCCCCCUCGCACAGCUUCAAUCCGGCCCUGGCCGCCCAGCUCUUCCUGCAGAGCCCGCUCCUGCCGCAGUCCAGCCAGUGGCUAUACACCCAGCUCUAUGGCAGCUACAGCGAUCUACCCUGGCUGAGGAGCGCCGCAGCGGCGGCAGCGGCCAGUGCGGUCCCAGCCCAGGUCCAGGCCCAAGCCCAGACGCAGGCGCUGCCCCAGGACUCAGCGACUUCGCUGAUGAGUAGCGGCGGCGACCACGACGGCGUUAAUCUGAUCAAGCGCUGUGUCACACUGAUCACGCACAAUCCGCCGGAUGCGGAGAAUGCCAAUCCGAAUUCCUCGCCGCCGGUCAGCUCCACGCGCCGUUCGCCCUCGCCGUCGCCCGUUGAGACCAUCGAUCUGGACGAUGUCAGCACCACUUCCCGCUCCGCCAGCGGCUCUGCUUCCGGGUCUGGGUCCAGUGGUGGCGGCCCCAUAAGGACGCGCACUCCCAAGCCUUCGGCGGAUGUGUGGCGCCCCUACUAG